AUGGAGGGACGGACUUCAGCACGGUGCGCACUGGUGUGCAUGACGUCUGCGGCACUGGCACUCGCGCUGCUCAUCCCGGCGGCGUGUGGCUUCGUCGGUGCUGCUGCUGCGGCGCCGAUGACGGUGACGACGACCCCGUCGCUGCCGCUGCUCGACGUGCCGUUCCACGCGGACGUGGCGGGUAUCGGCAAGGGGCACAGUUUGUUUGUCUCCAGCCAGAGCGACUGCAGUGCUGCCUCGAAGGUGACGUCGGUGUGCACCCUUGGGAGCGCGGUGGAUGGCGUCAGCUUCGCGAAUGGGACGUGCGUGUUCCAUGUGACGAGCGAGGCGCUGGGUGUCGACUUGACGAGGCCCCGCCCCACGGUUCCUGCGCUGUACUGGUGCAGCAGCGCUCGUCCCGGCGCGUCGGUGGGCGCGCUGCAGAUGAACGUGGUGAGCACAGUUCCUCUGUUUUUCUACAGAGCGGAGUACAACGAGCUCACCUUCAGCGACGCGACGCCUCUUGGAAGCGUCAUAAGGUGGUCCUCGAAUCCGGACUGCGGCAGCCCUUUGCCGAACCACGCGAAUGCGGUGCUGGGCAGCAGCCGCGUUGUGCCUCUGAAGUACAGUGGCGAUACUGUGUACGUCUGCGCCACAAUUCCCACCGUGUCGGGGGCCAUGACAGCGCUGGAACACCGUGCGACCGUCAUAGGUACGUACCUCUACAGGAUCAGCCCAACGAGUGGGGUGCGCCAUCGCACCAUCAGCAUGACGACGACGAUAACGGAAUCCAUUGCAAUGAUUUCCGUCUCACAUGAUCCGUACUGCCGCACCCUUGAGCAACCAGGGAAGUUCUACGCCUCCUUGACAUCUUUUGAUUUUGUGUGGAGCGUCGCUGCCGGUGUCUACUACUUGUGCGUUAUCACGAACAAAGACGUCGGCCUGCCCUCGUCGAACAGCUUCACGGUGGAGGAGUACGACGUGCAGCCGCACACGAUGUACGUGGCCCGCGAGACUCCGCUGACCUACGGCCUGAGUGCGGCUGGCCGUGACGCGGAGCUGGAGACGGCGCUGGCGACGACGACGGACUGCAUUGGAGGCUCGCUGGUGGUUCCUUGGGGAGCAUCGAUGUCGUGGGCGGUGGCAAAGGUGGGCACGUACUACGCGUGCGUUCGGGACCGCGGCGCGGCGAGCACUGCCGGGUACACGAGCGCGAUCACUGUGACGGACGUGCCGACGCUGACGUUCUCGCCGUCGCCUGCGGUGCUGGGUGUGCCGGUGUCUGCGACGGUCAGCCACGCGCUCAGCAGGAAGAAUGUGUUCCGUGUACGUGUUUCGAAGGGCGGGACGUGCGACUCCGAGGGUGCGACGGGUGCAACGCCGCGUGGUAGCGCGACUGCGACGGUACGGAUGCCGCUCGGGAUGCCGGCGAGCGUCACCUACUGCGUCUCGAACCCGCUGGGAGACGGCGAAGACGGCGCUGACACACCUGUCGGCGGUGCUGUGUACUACGCGCUGGGCGCGCUGCGCACACGAGCGUACCGCGUGGGCCACGGCGCCUUGCUCACGAACAUGCGGAUGACGAUGCGGCUGGACAGCGAGGUGCUGCUUCCGAGGGGGACGUCUGUGGUGCUUGCGCCGUCGGCUAGGGUGAGCGGCACUUGCCCGGGGGCGAUGGCGGCUGCCGACGCGGCUGGUGCGGACGAGUCCAUGGCGUUUGAUGUCUCCGGCGCAUCGGCGAUACUGUCGCCUGUGGUGUUCGCGUCCCCAGGUGCGUGGCUGGUGUGCGUGCGGGACGGUGCCGGGGGCGAUGCCGGCUACACGCAGGCUGCACAGCUGCAGGUGUACAGUGACGCGGCGGCCUUAUCGACGGACACGGUGCUGAACGGCGUGAGAACGGAAGUCGUUGUGUCGCGUCUGCCGCCUGAGGCGCCGGUGACGGUGACGUCAAGCAGCACGUGCGGCUUGUCGAUGGAGUCCGUGGGCGCCGGCACGACGAACAGCGACGGCGUCGUGACGCUGAACGUGCAGUCAGCCUCGGCUGGGCCGCUGCUGGUGUGCGCGGGGUACCCCACGGCGUCAGAGUCGUCGGCGACGGAUGUUGGCAUUGAGUAUGCCCCCGCCGGAACCGUGCGGAGCGCGAACGCGCGCGUGUAUCCAAGCAUUGCGUACGUGAGCGAGACGACGACGCUGAGCUUCGCCGGGAUCGGCGGCAUGUCGCUGACGGGCUACUUCGCUUUCUUUCUGCCUCAUGCGACGUCGUGCAGCGAGCCCGACGCGACGGUUUUGGGCUCGGGACUGAAGGGGCCGGACGCGACGUCGACUGUGUCGUACGGGACGGUGAGUGGCAGCGCGCUGGAACGGGGAACCGUGUACCGCGUGUGCGUGGGGCGAUCCAUAGACGACGGCUACUGCGAUGCCGGCGUUGUCGCGGCGAUGGAGGUGCCGUCGGUGUCGACGGACCCGCCGGUGCCAGUGCGCGGGCUGCCCGUGCGGCUGCAGCUGCCGCCGAGCUUCACGAGUACUGCUGCUGUGACGUUUUACGUUGUGGUGGGCGACACGGCGAGGUGCAGCGGCGACCUGAGCGAGACCCGUGUGUACGGGAGCGGCUCUGUGGACCGUACGAGCGGCGCUACGGCUGCGUUCGUGGCGCCUGCGCGUGCGAGCGGCGUGGACGCCGUGCGCGUGUGCGUCGGGUCGAACGAGAGCCUCGUGUCGGACAGCCUGGGGUACACGCACGGCGCGACGCUGCGGCUGGAGCAGUUCCACACGUCGAUGGUGUACCUGCAGCGCGGCGUUCCGAACGUGCUGUCCGGGGCGCCGAUGGCCGCGACGGGGUCGCUGUACGUUGUCGCGUGCGACGGGAAGGAGUGCGCCGCUGACAACGCUGACGGCGUGUGCCGCGCGAAGAUGUCGCAGGGCGCGACGAGCUCUGCGACGGCUGCGCUGAAUGCGCCUCUGGGGCGGUACUUCCUGUGCCAGCGCGUGACGGUGGGCACGGUGGUGUCGGUGGUCGGCUCGAACACGACGGUGGAGGUGGUGGAGCCGUUUAAGAUGCACCUCUCCGUAGACCCCUCUGCCAUUCGCGCAUACGUGCCGUUCGCAGUGACCAUGUCGGGCGGCCCUGGCGGCGCGGGGGCGAAGUACACGGUGGUGGCGCAGCCCGCCUCUACUCCGUGCGGCGAGACGGCUGCCGAGUCACAGCGCUUUGUCACGGGCAGAGACACCACGGACAUCACCAUCACGGACAUCGUGCCGGUGCAGAACAUCCGCUUCUGCGUGCAACCGUCCCCUGCCGACAGCUUCGAAGUGCUGACGGGCACGCUGCAGCACUACAUGACGCCUGCAGCUGUGAUCGGCGACCGCGCGACGACGCUGACGUCUGGCGGUGUGAGGAGGGGCGCCACGGCGGUGCUGUCGCGCACGGCGGACUGCCUCGGCGUCGUGGCUGGCGGCGGCGCUGCGCCGAUCGUGGACGCGAGGGUGACGUUCACUGUCACGUCGUGCGGCGCGAACGGUGCGCUGGCGUCGCUGUACUACUGCGAGGCUGCUAGCGGCGGUGCGUACGCGUCCCGCGGUGCGGUGGGACUGCUGCGCGCGAGUGGGUGCAGCGGCGGCGCGGAUGCGAGCAUUGCCGAGGUGGACGCGGCGCCUGGCGCUGCGAUCGGCAGCUUUGGGAUCGACACGGCGUACCUGGCGAGGCCGCGGCUGUCUGCGUCGCCGGACUGCGACGUGCUGCUGGACGCAGCCGUUGCGAGCGUUGGGUACGCGCCCGGGGCUGACGAGCGCGCUGCGUUCCACGUGUGCGCCGUGCUUGCGGGCGACGCGAGCGUGACGUUCACGACGGCGCGCCCGACGCUGCGCGUUGCGAACUGGGCCGUGUCGCCGACUGCUGCUGUGAGCCGGUACAACGCGACGCUUGGCGCUGCUGCUGCUACUGCGGUGCGCGUGAACUACGCGACGCCGUCGAGCGAGACGUUCCUGAGCACCGCGAGCGACUGCAGCGUGCGGACAGCGAGCGCUGCGGGGCUGAGCGGGGCGUCGAGGUCGGCGACGUACAGCACGACCGGCGUGCGCGGGCUUGUGUACGUGUGCACUGUUGCGCCGCUGAGCGGGAAGACGCUGGCGGUUGCGCAGUUCCUGUCCGUGACGCCGCCUGCUGUGCUGCGUGUGUCGCCGGCUGUUGUGCGCGGCGGCGAGUACAGCGCGACGCUUGUGGUGGACGGUGCGCCGCCGCUGUACUCGAUGGUGCCUGGCGCGGACAGCGGGUACACGCACAGCGGUUACUACACGAGCGCGAGCCGCGAGGUGUACCUGUCCGGGGACGCGUGCUCGGGCGUGCUUGCGGGGACGAGCGCGGCGACGGUGUCGUCGAGCGGGAGCGUGUCGCUUGCGACGGCGGGCGUUGCGGCGGGCGUGAGCUCUGUGUGGCUGUGCGCGGUGACGGCUGCGGGGCCCGCGGUUGUGCUGGCUGGCGUGGCUGUUGCGCCCGGCAGGGUGCACCCGACGACAAUGGUGUCGGGCGCACUGGGUGCGCCUGUCUUCAUACCGAGCCUGAAGGGCACGGCGGUGCAGCUGAGCGCGUCUGCGAGCGGGUGCGGGUCUGUUGCCGGGAUGCCGAGCUUCACAACGGAUGCGGAGGGCUACGGCGCUGUGGACCUUGUGGGCGGCGACGGCGGCGCGCUUGCGCCGGGCACGUACACGCUGUGCUACGGCGGUGCGCCGCGUGGCGGCGGCGGCGGUGCGGCGGCGCUGGAGUCGGUGGAGCUUGUGCGCGCGUCGUACUUCGACGUGCGCGGGACGACGUUUGUUGUGGGCGUGGCGGGCCGGAUGCCGCUGCUGCAGGACCUGACGGCUGAGGCGCUUGUGCCCGGGUUCAGCACCGCGCGCGACUGCACGUCUGUGUCGAGCGAGCACGGCGAGUGGGCUGCUGUGACGAGCACGUCUGUGUCUGUGACUGCGACGAGCGUGUACACUGCUGGGCUGUACCUGUGCGCGCGUGCGCCGGUGAACGGGACGCUUGUGGCGCUGCCCGGGCAGUGGUCUGAGGCGCGGAGCGUGCAGUUCGUUGCGUCUGCGAUGCAGCUGCCGUCUGCUGGGUGGGACGCGUGCACGACGUACACGCUGGGCCAGUGCUACCCGCCGGGCGCGAGCGCGAGCGGUGCGACGUCGGUGGUUGCUGUUGUGCACGGGGACUGCUGCAGCGAGUCGAGCCGGAGCGCGGUUGUCGGGGAGGCGAGCAUGGCGAGCGGGACGUGCGAGCUGACGCUGGACUACGACAAGGUGUCCGCGUACCCCGCGGGGUCGACGUACCACGUGUGUGUGUGGGACAGCGCGGACGACUCUGUGUGCACGACCGUGAGCGAGGCGCGCGUGAGCACGAACUGCACGCGCGGUGGCAGAGGGCUGAGCCGUGGAACACGGAUAGCGAUCAUUGUUGUGUGCGUGGUAUUGGGAACUGCUUUUCUCUGUUUACUUUUCUGGACCGUGUGGUGGUGCUGCUGCCGCCGGCAGCUGGCGGAGGGCGCUAACUGGAAGCCAGAAAAGGGGCGGCAACUCGUUGGUUUUCAGGAGCUCGGUGACGAAGACCGUCUUGUGGGCUAUGUUAUGAGCGGACGCCACCCGCUGCUGUACUACCCGUCCUCAAGCGCCCGUAUUGGCCGUUCGGUGAGCGCAUCGCUAGGCUACCCUUCCAUGAGUGGCUCAGGCUGCGGUGCCUUGGAAGCGGUGGAGGAUGAGGGACGCGACCAGAUUGCGCUUCAGGAGGCGCGGGCACGCUACAACUUACGACUAACGUUCGCGGAGCGGCUGCAGCUGCUCGAACUGGCGGAAAAGAACGCCGCUGCAGAUGCGGCAGGCAUGAACACGACGUACGCCAGCGGGGACUCGUACCUGCACGGCGUAGCACAGCCGGAGCGCAGGUGCGUGGAGAGCAUCCUGACCGAGGGGGGGCCGAGGGAGUCUGAGAUGGAUUUCCCUGUGAGGGCUGCGGCCCCGCGCCACGCCGGCGCCAAGGAACUCGAACUCGCGGCCUUUGAGGUACCUGAGGAGGGCGACAUCAGCUUGAGUGCCGACGCGAAUGUGUCGCUGGAGAUGGAUCCCAUCACGGGCGAGUACCAGAAGGUGCGUAGCCGGUCCAUUGAAAGCGCGCCGCGGCGGUGCCUCUCACCGGUGGAGAGCUGCUGGACAAACGAAGACUUCGAAGAGCGGGAGGAGGAAGAGAGCUACCGGAAGGUUGCCGUCGAGGCGGCAAUUCCCGACUCGGAGCUGAGUGUGCGGAUGUGGCCACGGCAGGCCGGUGGCGACCACGAGGAGCCGCAACGCGUAGCUGUGCGGCAUUUUGCGAAGCCGACAUCGUUCAAGUCGCGCCGUAGUGCCUCGCUGAACCGCAGCGGCAGCGGCGGCCACCGACGUGGCCCCACUGGCUCCGCGAGCGACGACAGAAAGCAGCAGCCACACUAUGACCCACUUGCAGUGAUGCCGGUGACGCCAAAGGCGCUGUCAACGUCCAAGGGCCUCACGAACUACAUCCUGUCGCCGCCAGACGGAGAAAACGAUAGCCCGCCAGACCUUCGGACUAACACCGCGCACGAAGUCGGUGACACCACCACCGCCGAGUCCGCCAUCUUCUCUCGCUCCCCGAUCGCCCAUGCUGGGACACACGACAUGUCAGAGGAGGCGCUGCCGGUGGGCAUGGCACGCGUCCGGUCUUCCGAGGCCAUCGCUGGCAAAGUCAACAGCGAUGAGAGCGAGGAUGACCUGCUUAGCUUCACGACCACGCAGCGCUUCUACGAUGAGAAGCGCUUCUUACGGGAGCAGGAAGACGGGCGGCGUCAGCGUCUGUGCAACUGGGAGGAGGAGGAGCGGGCACAGUUGGCGCAGGAUGAGCUGAACGGUUACAUGGCGCUCUCCUCGGCUACCGGGGCCGGCGGUGAUACUGUCAACGCGUCCUCUUAUCACUCGGAGAACAGCGACACCGAGUACAAUGCCGGCGGCAGCUUGGGAAAGGGCCACUAUGGCAAGACUACGGCGAAGCACGAGGGCGAGGAUGAGCAGGUGUCCCACAUCCCCGCUGCGCCAACGACGCUGCCGUCGCUGCCACCGGCCCCACGCCCGCAAACACUUCAGAACGACUACUACUACGUAGUCCCCACUGGCGACACCGGUGCGAGUUAG